CGUAAAAUCAAUACAAAGCGCCAACAAUCUGAGAAACCUCCUGAACAGGAGAUACUUUUGUCCUAUUUGCUGCCUCUUUUGCUGGCAUGCGGGGAUUUUAUAUCGGGGAUCUGCAGGUUUUCCAGUGAAAAUGAAGUUGAGGACGUAGUAGCAGCAGUAAACUGCCCUAAAUUGACAAUCAAAUCAGAAUCAGGUUUAAUAUAUCGUGAAAUUUGUUAAAAUUGUGGUAGUAGUGCAAUGCAAUACAUCAUAAAUGUGAAAAAACUGAAUAACAGUAAGUAUAUGUGUGUAUUAAUUAGUUAAGUUAAAACAAGUAGUGCAAAACACAGAUUUAAAAAAAAAUAGUCGGUUACAUUAAGAGGUUUGAGUGUUUCCAGGAAAGGAGAGAGACGCAAAUCACAAUUGAGACAACCCCGAGGCGCUGCAAUACAAGAGGUUAUUGCAAACCACCCAGAAAACAAAUAAGGGAAACAAGUUCCAGCUUAGGUUUAGUUCACUUUCUCAGCCUAUCUGACUAUAUCCAGCACUGAAUGAGAUGUCCUCACAAGACCGCUUAAUGCAAGGUACAGAGGGAUUAAUAAAAUUCUAUCACGCGCGGUCAUUGAGAAGAAGGUUUGGGGCUCAGCUGUUUCCGGGCUCGUCUUUCAGCUUUCCAUGCGGACCAUGUAGCCAUGGAGAGCUAGCAUACAGUUCAUAUUGGCCGUCAACUGUCUUUCUGCGGAAAGUUUCCGAAGAACUUGUUGGAGCCAUCUGGCAGAGUGUGCUAAGAUUUCAAGUGUUGCGUUGUUAUUUUGAGAUCUUAAUUAAAGAGAGAGAAACAAAAUAUAUUAGAGGAGAAAUUUAGGGGACAUGGUUAAAGUUGAAAGUGAGAAGUUAUAAAACCAGAAGGCAGGGAUGUGGUGUUGAAAGCACAUUGUUUAAAUGUAGACAAUGGGGAUGGUGGGGUCGAUCCCACAGAGGAUAGUUGGCAGCUAACAUGCAAUUUCCCCAGCCGCCAUGGUUCCAGUAAAGAUAGCUCUUAUUGAGAUAAGCAUUGGAAUCGCCAAAGCAUAGAAUCGUUGAGUGUGUGUCUUCAGGACCUUGUCCUUCCUCCCCAAUAGCAAUGAGCAGAGGGCAUAUCCUGGGUGUUGAUGGAUGCCGCCUUUUUGAGGCAUCGCUCCGUGAAGAUGUCAUGGAUGUUGGGGAGGCUAGUGCCCAUGGUGGAGCUGGCUGAGCUUAUAACUUUCUGCAGCUUAUUUCGAUCCUGUGCAGUGGUCACCCACCCGCCUCCAUACCCGAGAAUUCUCACCACGGUAUAACGUUGUCUCUUUGUAUUCUCACUUAUCAAUGUUUUAUGGAUACAACCUGAAAAAGCUGGAGAGCGGCUAGUUAGUGAGUGGACCAGUGAAGGAGUGGAGCUUUGAGGCUUUGGCUCAAGAGGUUUUGGCAGUUAGAUUGUGCAAUCAAGUCAAUUAAGAUUUGAAUAGCUCAGACUCAGCAGCAAGCAGCUGAUUGGGCAAUCGAGGUCAGGUGACCAAGCAGUUUGACUGGGCAAUCGAAAUUUGAAAGGCUCAAACAAAUAAAAAGAGGUGAGCUCAAGCAGAGUGGCUAGUGCGUGAGUAGGCCAGUGAAGGAGUGGAGCUUUGAGGCUUUGGCGAGAAAAGGCGAAGGAUGAGCUUGGUCACAGUGAGGUAAGGCUGGGUAGGUUUCUUUAAUCAAUGUAAUUAAAUUAGGAGUUGGUAAUGGAAGCAGUAGAUAGGGCAGUCCAGCACUCCAAUUGUAAGAUGUGGGAAGUCAGGGACAGCACAAUUGUCUCUGAUGACUACUGUAAAAGGUGCAACCAGCUGUAGCUCCUGUCAAACCGAGUUAGGGAGCUGGAGCUGGAUGAACUUUGGAUCAUUCGGGAGGCAGAAAUACAAUGGAGAUUCAGGGAGAUAAUCACCCUAAAAAGUCAGGAGACAGGGUGACUAUCAGGAGAGGGAAGGGAAAUAGACAGAAAGAGCAGAGCACCCCCCCCCCCCCCGCCCCGGUGGCCAUUUGUAUCAACAAUAAGUAUACUGUUUUGGAUAAUGUAGGUGGUGCCAAGUUGUAGUGGCUGUGACUUUGGCACCAAGACUGGACCCUCAGCUCAGAAAGGAAGGAAAAGAGGAAAACAGUUGUGAUAGGGGACUUGAUGGUUAGGGGGAGCGGGAAGAGGUUCUGUGGGAGAGAUUGAGAAUCCCGGAUGGUCUAUUGCCUCCCUGGUGCCAGAGUCUGCAAUAUCUUGGAUUGAGUUCUUGGUAUUCUCAGGAGAGAGGGUGUGCAGCCAGAUGGUGUGGUCCACGUGGGGACCAAUGAAAUAGUUAGGAGUAGGGAAGAGGUCCUGAAGAAGGAAUAUAGGGAGUUAGGAAAGAAGUUAAAAAGCAGGACCUCUGUGGUGGUAAUCUCGGGAUUGCUGCCUGUGCCACGAGACAGAGGGUGGGAACAGGAAGUCAUGGCAGAUGAAUGCGUGGCUGAAGAGUUGGUGCAGGGGGCAGGGGUUCAGAUUUCUGGAACAUUGGGAUCUCUUCUGGGGAAGGUCUGACCUGUACAAAAAGGAUAGGCUGCACCUGAACUGGAAAGGGACCAAUAUCCUGGUGAGCAGGUUUGCUAGAGCUGUUGGGGAGAGAUUAAAUUAGUUUGGUAGGGGGUAGGAAUCAGAAUGUGAGUGCCAAUAUUAGGGUAGAAGGACAAGGGCAUGAUGCUAUGUGUUCUGAGUUGGUGAGGAAGGACAGGCAGGGGACAAAACAUAAAUGUAGCCAGUUGGAAGGGUUGAAAUGUGUGUAUUUCAAUUCCAGGAGUAUUAGGAAUACAGGGGAUGAACUUAGAGCAUGAAUGAGUAUGUGGAACUACAAUGUGGUGGCCAGUUACUUAAGUGUGUGGAUGAACAGAGGGACCUUUGAGUUCAAAUCAUACACCCCUCAAGGUCGUUGCACAGGUUGAUAGGAUAGUUAAGAAGGCCUACGGGUUGCUAGGCUUCAUUAACAGGGGGAUUGAGUUCAAGAGUAGAGAGGUCUUGUUGCAACUCUACAAAUCUCUGGUGAGACCACACUUAGAGUAUUGUGUUCAAUUCACCUCAUUAUAGGAAGAAUGUGGAAGCCAUGGAGAGGAUGCAGAGGAGAUUUACCAGGACGUUGCCUGGAUUGGCAAACAGGUCUUAUGAGGCAAGUUUAGCAGAGCUGGGACUUUUCUCUUUGGAGCGUAGAAGGAUGAGAAGGGACUUGAUAGAUUAUGAGAGGCACAGAUAGGGUGGAUAGCCAUUACCUGUUUCCCAAGCCACAUGUAGCAAACACCAGAGAGCCUAUGUACAAAGUUAAGGGAGGGGAGUUUAGGGUAGAUAUCAGGGGUAAGUUUUUUGACACAGAUGGUUGUGGGUGCCUGGAAUGACUUGCCAGGGAUGGUGGUGGAGGCUAAAACAUUCCAGGUAUCUAAGGGCUUCUUGGACAGGCACAUGGAUGAAAGAAAAAUAGAGGAUUAUGGGGUAGUGUGGGUUUAGUACUUUUUUUAAUGAAUAUAUGGGUCGGCACAACAUUGAGGGCCGAAGGGCCUGUACUGUGCUGUAGUAUUAUAGUGUCUAGAAAAAUCUCAUCCUCUUGAUUUAGUUUGGUAUUUAACUAUAUGUUUAGUAUUUUAUUCCUUUGUUGUUACGGAUUCAGCAACAUUAAAUAUAAAGUGAGGCAGAUUUUUUUUUAUAUAACAAAUAAAACAUUUAUUGAACACUGAAAACCAAACCCCCAAAAGUAAACAAACCACUAACAUAACUGGACAUCAGCUGCUGUGUGGCAGCUUAAACAGUUCUUUAAGGAAUAAAGCGAACACGGUUGUUAAAGCGAUGUUGCAAAAACAGUUCUUCAAAGUAGUACUGCAAAAGUUCAAAAUGCUUACAGUCCAUUAAAGGAGAAACUUUUUAGACGAUUUAAAUUCUCUUUCACGUCCUGUUAUUGCGGUUCCCAGUUGAACUAUACUUUUCCUGGAGAAUUUACGAAGAUGAAAAUGAAACGGCUUAAAGGCACUGACCUUUCCUUUACAAAACUGUACCCAACCCUUUCUGCUAUUAUUCAGAAGGAUUAACACAGGGACAGCCAACGAAUUCCUUCCAAAAGGGGAUCAAACAAGGUCGAACCUGUUUCACCGUCGAAAUCAACUUUCCUCGAUCUUUUAGCUCCUGAACUCCGAUUUUCACUCUCCACUGAUUUUCAACUGGCAGUAUUAUAAAGAAACUUCCGGCAAUGACCUUUUAAACUUUAGGCAUUAAAUAAAACUCCACCUUUCAACCGAACUGCGUCAUAAUAUUGGACCACGCAGUGACGUGGAGUCAAAAUGGCAAAUCCAGCCACGAACUGCCCCUCCUCACAGGGAGGGGUCCUCCUUUUAUACCCUGUAAAAACAACCUGUCACAUGACCUCUACUGGCAGGAAAAUGAUGUCACUCCACCAUCACAAGACCACUACCUUAAGUCCAGUAUAGCUUCAACACCACUGUCACGUGACAAGUACAAGAUACCCACGGGUACGUAACACUGUAAAGACAGAAAAGGUCUUAACAAAGUCAGCUUUUUAUUUCAAUUUAAUUGCAAUAUCAAGGACUUCUGCUGCCUAUAGUCAUAACAUCUUUCUGUGAAUUUCUGGGAGUUUGAGUGCAAAAUGCUCUUUUUCCCCCAAAGUUAUUGCCAUCGGCUUUCCAUUGAGACAGUAAGGUGGCACGAUGCAGCACAAGGGUUUCUGUCACUUCACGUCAAGUUGGAGACUGAUUUAUGAUGAUUUUUGAGAGCCCAAUAAUUUUGACCAUUUUGAUUCACGUUCAGUUCCCUAUGUCCCAAGCUUCACAAUAGGUGCUUCUUUCUAAGAACAUUGAGAAGGAAGCACGACCUCCCUCCGAAUCGCUUUCUUCAGGUAGACUGAGGCAAGAAGUAGAAAAAACACACAAGAAAAGACAAAAAGCCUCCCUGAGCAUCUGAUUAAAACCCUGUCAUCACUGGAUCAUUUUACAGGCCAACCAACGAGGAACAGAGAUCAGGAAUGGGAGGGUCAAACUCCAGUGAACAGGUGGCAGAGACUGAGACCCCGUCAUUCUUCACACAGGAAGAACUGAGCAAACUGAAGUCUGAUUUUGAAACAGGUGGGGUGGAAAAAGUCCAACCACUGAUAGAGAAGAAAGUAUCUGAUCUGGACAAAACAGAGCUUAACAUCGCAGUGACGGGAGAAUCAGGUACAGGAAAAUCCACCUUCAUCAAUACCAUGAGAGGACUUCAGAGCACUGAUCCGGGAGCAGCUGAUGUUGGGACCACAGAAGCAACAAUGGAGCCAACCGGGUACUCACAUCCCACUCUGCCCAAUGUUUGCUAUUGGGACCUGCCAGGGAUCGGAUCUACACGAUUCACAGCAGCUAAAUAUCUCACAGAAAUGAGAUUCAAAAGAUAUGAUUUCUUUAUCAUAAUCUCUGCUUGUCGAUUAAAAGAAAAUGAUGUCAAACUUGUCAGGGAGAUUAAACGGCUGAGGAAAAGAUUCUAUUUUGUCCGCUCUAAGAUUGACAUGGAUCUUGCCAACACGAGGGAAGACAAGAAGGUUAUUAAUGAAGAAGAGGAGCUGAAAAAGAUUCGGAAUGACUGUGUCAGGAGGUUGGCAAAGGCAGGGUUUCCGGAUUCAUCUGUGUUCCUCAUAUCUGGUAAAAAGCCGAAACAUUUUGAUUUCAUUCGGUUAAAUGAAGGACUCGAAGGUGAUCUCAACAAUGUAAAGAAAAGGAUCUUUGUCCUGGCCCUUCCAAAUCUCAGUGUGGAGAUAGUUCAGAAGAAAUCUAAGAUUCUGAGUAAACAUAUCUGGAUGUUUGCAGCACUCUCUGGGGGAUUGGGAGCGGUCCCAGUUCCCGGCUUCUCUCUCGCUUGUGAUAUCGGAAUAUUGAUUGGAGCCAUUGUCCACUUCCGGAAAUGCCUGGGUCUGGAUGAUGCUUCUCUUCAAAGACUGGCCAACAGAGCAGGAAAACCUGUGGAAGAUCUGAAGGCGACAGUGAAAGCUCCACUGCUGGAGGAAAUAACCCCAAAUGUAAUUGUGAGGUUAGGUUGGGGGGCUGCUGUUGUUACUGUUUCAGCCCUGGAAUUUGCUCUCGACUUUAUCCCUGUCCUUGGCUCCAUUUUUGGAGCAAGCUCAUCAUUUCUCAUGACGUUCAAGAUACUGAGUGAUGCACUGAAGGAUCUUACAGAGAAUGCAGAGAGAGUGGUGAAAGUUGCCUUUGAAACUGAUUAGCUCAUCUGCACAAAUGUCUACCAAGAGAGUUUAUAUCAUGCUGUGGUUAAGAAUUUGAUGUUAGACAACACCAAAUUCUUAUUUAAAUCUACUCAAUAAUGCACAUUUCUACUGCAUUCUUUCCUGGAAAUAUUUCUUAUUCAUUACUGAAGGGGGUUGGGAGGGUGUUUCUGAUCUGCAGCAUUUGGAAAACUGGGGCAAAAUUAAGUGUUACUUAAUGAAUUAAACUUUAAAAUUAAGCUAUAUCUGCCUGCAGAAUUCUACAGUUAGGAUGUACCUGCCAAACACUGGCGUAUAGAAGGCACAGCUGGGCGGACUGCUGGGCAAUGAUCAGCAGCACCUUACAUUACUCAGCCAAUUCCUCAUUAAAAAAUAUAACUGCACAGGCUAAAUGAUAGCAGAUACUUGGGUGUGAUGUAUAAGUGUCUGUAUCAAUUGAGAUGAUCUUUCAACUAAUGAUUUACAACAAGUGUCACCCCAACCAUCUGAUGUUAACUAUCGGGAAGACUUUCCCAGCCUGUGUUCAGUGCUCAACUACUUCAGUUUCACUUACCUUCAGGAGAACCUCUGAAUAAUUUAAAUAAAAACAUUGUUAGAGAAUUUGGUACAAAGCUCAUGGCAAGAUCUGGGAUAAAUGAAGGGCUUGCAAAUUUAGAUCUCAUUUAAAGUCAAACAAUUGUUGAUAAACUCUCCCUUCUGUAGGUUCUGUGAGUUUUACAUGAACACUCACCCAUACAGCACAGUCAGAGUGAUCUAUCAGUACUUGUUAUACAAUCACAAUGUAAAAAUUAAUGAAUAUUGCAAGGAAAAAGAAUAAAUUACAUGUUAUUGAAAUAAACAUUAAAAUAUUGCAUUGUUAUAACCAAAUUAAGCUCACAUUGUAUUCUCUUCGCUCUGAUUGAGCUUAACUCAUCCUUUACGAUCACUUGGAGGGAGCAGCUCCGGAUGAUACCAGUGCUGUGUCAUAUCCAAUAUCUCAAAUUAUUCCAAACUAUUUCAAAAACGAAAUUCACUCGUGAUAUUAUUGAAAAUACACCAUUUGUGAUUGUGCAAAUUACAUUCCAUCUUUUCCACUGCAAAUCAAGUUUUUAGUGAAUUACUUUAUAUCCAUCAUCAAUAUUAAACUAGAUUUUAUUUUGUCAAACUGAAAAGAUCCUGCCCUAGUAAAUGCUACCUUGUUCUGUGGCAUUUCUGCUAUAGAAACUAAUAAACAGAUUAAUACAUUCUCUUGCGCACCUGGUGAAAAAUAAAAGUAAAUGCCAUAGUUGCUAGAAAACUGAAGUAAAAACCAACUGAGAGAGAUGAUCAUCAAAUCAGGCAGCAUCUACAGUGAAGGACAGAAAUUUCAUGAUCCAAAUCAAUUCUCUUCACUUGAAACUGCAUCAAAAGUUUCUUCAAACGUCCAAAUGAUUCCUCCUUGUACAGCAGAUGGACACAAAAAUCAACUUCAGUGCAGAGUGUGAAUUGAUGUUGUCCUUGUUUGGCUGUUAUCACCAAAGUAUCACAAAAUAUUGUUGACCGAGUAAGAAUACAGAGUAAAACAUUGAAAUGUGUGAAGUAAACUCAAUUACUUUAAGUGUUGGCAAUUAGUUCAAUGCUCUGCUACAUUAAUGAUUCCUCCAUUUGUGUGGGGAAAAUAGGUAAAAAUAAUUGAAGUAAACAGUAGACAUUAUGACAUUGAUAUUAUGGAGUGAGCAUUGACAGCUCCCAUGCUUUCCUCCCUGGACUUCAAUUUUCAGAGGAAUUAGCCAGUCUCCAGCAGAGACGUCAUAGCACCUGCUUUACACCAUCACCAUCAAAGGGGCUGUGUUCAGGAAUGGUGCAAUCAAAAACACAAGGGAUCCUGCAGUUGUUGAAAAUCCAGUCAUACAAAACAUGCUGCAGGAACUCAACAGGUCAGGCACCAUCUACAGAGAGGCAUAAUUAGUUAACAUUUAUUUGACCAUCAAAUCCUGAUGAAGGGCCUCAAACCAAAACAACAACUGUUUAUCCCUCUUCAUAGAUACUGCCUGAACUACUGAGUUCCUCCGGCAUUGUGUGGGCUACAGUACAGUAAAGGAGAGAAAAGUGAUCUGGAAGAAGCCAUCUUUGGAAGACUUGUAUUGGGAGCAACUUGUGGGAGCAACUUACACCAGCUAACUUGAACUAUUCUGUUUAUUUACAGAUUUGAACUCUGGAUUGAUUAGUGUUGUGCUGUACUUUGUUCUUUAAUUAAUUUACUAAGUUCCAAAUAUGUGUAUUGUUGGUCCAUAACUAUGCCACCAGACAAAUUUGCAUGAUUAAAAUAUGUACAAAUGUAACCCAUUGGGGUCUAGAGUUUUUUUUAUUAAUCUCUUCUGCAGUGCAGUUGCACCAUACCAAGUCAGAUAUCAAGACAGUUAUAUUGCAUUUCAGAUUGCUGCCAGUUUCUAGUAUUCUGUAUAGUUAAAUAAAUUCUUGGUGUACUUCAAAUAAUUCUGCUCCAGCUUAUGCAUGUAAUAGCAACAAAGAUUAAAAUGAGAACCCUG